CAGAGGCGGAGCUCCAACUGACAUGUUCAUUAAGGGCAGGGCUCCGAGGGCACCUCCCCAAGAGCGGCGGCACGCUCCCCGCGGCGAGCAGAGGCGGGCACGUUCCGCCGGUGCCCUCUUUGGGGGCCGCCCCUGCCGUAAAUCAGGCAGGCGGUUUGCCGCAUCACGGAAGAUGGCGGCUGCGGCUGUGAACGGCGCGGCCGGGCUCUCGAGCUCCGGGCCUUCGGCAGCCUCAGGCGUUCUUCAGGCCGCAGCCGGCAUGUAUGAGCAACUCAAGGGCGAGUGGAACCGUAAAAGCCCCAAUCUUAGCAAGUGCGGGGAAGAGUUGGGCCGUCUCAAGCUGGUUCUGCUGGAGCUCAACUUUCUGCCAACCACAGGGACCAAGCUGACCAAACAGCAGCUCAUUCUGGCCCGUGACAUACUGGAGAUUGGGGCCCAGUGGAGCAUCCUGCGCAAAGACAUCCCCUCCUUCGAGCGCUACAUGGCCCAGCUCAAAUGCUACUACUUUGAUUACAAGGAGCAGCUCCCUGAGUCGGCUUACAUGCACCAGCUCUUGGGCCUCAACCUUCUCUUCCUGCUGUCCCAGAACCGAGUGGCUGAGUUCCACACAGAGCUGGAGCGCCUGCCUGCCAAGGACAUCCAGACCAACGUCUACAUCAAGCACCCUGUGUCCCUCGAGCAAUACCUGAUGGAGGGCAGCUACAACAAGGUGUUCCUGGCCAAGGGUAACAUCCCUGCGGAGAGCUACACCUUCUUCAUCGACAUCCUGCUUGAUACUAUCAGGGAUGAGAUUGCGGGGUGCAUUGAGAAGGCCUAUGAAAAAAUCCUUUUCACUGAGGCUACCCGGAUCCUCUUCUUCAAUACACCCAAAAAGAUGACGGACUAUGCCAAGAAGCGAGGGUGGGUCCUGGGCCCCAGCAACUACUACAGUUUUGCCAGUCAGCAGCAGAAGCCGGAAGACACCACCAUCCCCUCCACGGAAUUGGCCAAACAGGUCAUCGAGUAUGCUCGGCAGCUGGAGAUGAUCGUCUGAGCCCGCUGGGCACUGGGUGGGGCAGGGCGUGCAUUAUUUAAAACAGUUACAGAGCAGGGUUUCCUCCAAUAAAGGUGCAUUGAUCUCUC